AUGAAGAUCACGGUUCCCCUUCUUGCUGCUGCCCUGCAUCUGGCAGGUACCGCUUCCGCACAAGACGAUGCUGCCAUCGCCGCCAAUCUGGAAAAGUUCUGGUCCUAUGGCCGUUCCGAGCCCGUCUACCCCAGCCCUGAGACCCAGGGUCUGGGUGACUGGAAGCAGGCAUAUGCCAAGGCCAAGGCUCUCGUGGCUCAGAUGACCAACGAGCAGAAGAACAACCUCACUUACGGAUACACCUCAACCACCAACGGCUGUUCCGGUAACUCGGGAGGGGCUCCUGGCGUUGGAUUUCCUGGCCUCUGUCUGCAGGAUGCCGGCAACGGUGUCCGAGGCACCGACAUGGUGAACGCGUACGCGUCCGGUAUCCAUGUAGGAGCUGCAUGGAACCGCGAUCUUGCCUACGAACGUGCCCACUACAUGGGUGCCGAGUUCAAGCGCAAGGGUGUCAACGUUGCUCUGGGUCCCGUUGCCGGUCCUCUUGGUCGCAUUGCCCGCGGCGGUCGUAACUGGGAAGGCUUCGCAAACGACCCGUACUUGUCCGGUUCCCUGACUGGAGAGACCAUUCGUGGUCUGCAGCAGUCUGUCAUUGCCUGUGUCAAGCAUUUUAUCGGCAAUGAGCAGGAGACCAACCGUAACCCUCCGAUGCUUCUGGAGGGCACCUACAACCACUCCGUCUCGUCGAACCUGGAUGACAAGACCAUGCAUGAGCUCUACCUAUGGCCCUUCCAAGACGCCAUCAAGGCCGGUGCGGGAUCCAUCAUGUGCAGCUACAACCGGAUCAACAACAGCUACGGCUGCCAGAACAGCAAGGCCCUCAACGGCCUGCUCAAAGACGAACUGGGCUUCCAGGGUUUCGUCGUCACCGACUGGGGUGCCCAGCACGCCGGUAUCGCCGCUGCGGACGCUGGUCUGGACAUGGUGAUGCCCUCUUCCGACUUCUGGGAGAAUGGUACCCUCGCUCUCGCUGUCAAGAACGGCUCCCUAGCCCAGACUCGUCUGGAUGAUAUGGCCACUCGGGUCCUGGCUUCGUGGUACAAGUACGCGGAGAUCAAGGAGCCGGGACACGGAAUGCCUGUCGAUCUGCUGUCCCCUCAUGAGUUGACCGACGCUCGCGACCCCAAGUCCCAGUCCACCAUUUUCCAGGGUGCCGUGGAGGGUCACGUCCUGGUUAAGAACACCAACAACGCUCUGCCACUCAAGAAGCCCAAGUUCCUUUCUCUCUUCGGCUACGAUGCUGUUGCCGCCACCCAAAACACCAUGGACAACGUCACCUUUGGCCGCUGGGUCUUUGGACUGUCCAACACCCUGACUUAUCCCAAUGGCACCGCCGUCGACCCUACUAUUACCAUGGACAUGUUCCUCUCGAGCUACGACCCCACUGCCAAGGGUCCCGGCGUCGCCCUGAACGGCACCCUGAUCUCCGGCGGCGGGUCCGGAGCCAGCACGCCCUCCUACAUCGACGCUCCCUUUGACGCCUUCCAGCGCCAGGCCCGCGAAGACAACACCUUUCUCGCGUGGGACUUUGCCUCGCAGAAGCCCCUCGUCAACCCCGCCAGCGAGGCCUGCAUCGUCUUCAUCAACGAGCAGUCCUCUGAAGGCUGGGACCGCCCCUACCUGGCCGAUCCGUACUCCGACGAGCUGGUCGAGAGCGUCGCCUCCCAAUGCAGCAACACCAUGGUCGUCAUCCACAACGCCGGUGUCCGUCUCGUCGACCGCUGGAUCGAAAAUGACAACAUCACCGCCGUCAUCUACGCUCACCUCCCCGGCCAGGAUUCCGGCCGCGCCCUGGUCGAGGUCAUGUACGGCAAACAGUCCCCCUCGGGCCGUCUCCCCUACACCGUCGCCAAGAACGAGUCCGACUACGGCAACCUGCUCAACCCCGUUGUUCCCGAGGGCGAUCUGAACCGCUGGUACCCGCAGGACAACUUCACCGAGGGCGUGUACAUCGACUACCGCGCCUUCGAGGCCAACAACAUCACCCCUCGUUUCGAGUUUGGCUUCGGUCUCACAUACACGAACUUCUCGUACUCCGCGCUCGACGUCGAGCUCCUCCCUGGCGUCAACACCGACUACCUGCCCCCCGGCUCCAGCAUCGCCGAGGGCGGCCUCCCCUCUCUCUGGGACGUUGUGGCGACCGUCAACUGCACCGUCGCCAACACCGGCGCUGUGGAGGCGGCUGAGGUUGCCCAGCUGUAUGUUGGUAUCCCCGGUGGGCCCGUCAAGCAGCUCCGAGGCUUCGACAAGCAGUCUGUCAAGCCCCACCAGAGGAAGCACUUCACCUUCGACCUGACCCGUCGUGAUCUGAGCACCUGGGAUGUGGAGAAGCAGACGUGGGGAUUGCAGGCUGGAAGCUACCCCGUCUAUGUGGGUAAGAGUGUGCUGGACAUUCAGCUCACUGGUACUUUGGAGAUCUAA